UUGUUUGUCAAUGCGAAGCCAAAGGAAGGACCUACUGCACGUCUAAAGAAUACAUAAAUAUCACUUUCCGACCACUUAAGUUCAUCCAUCAGCUUACACUACCGAUGAUAUUCAUGCGUAAUACGUGGGCAUUACCUUGAUGUUUAAGCCAGAGAUAAUAUCCUUUGUUAGUUUGUUAGCUAGCUGUUAUCACGCCGCUAUCUGACUGCAGAUCCUGCUCUUUAAAUACAACGCCUUUGCGGCGAUGACUGUGGAUUUACUGUCUGAUUUGGAAAGUCGAUUCUUCGCUGAUAACCUUCUGACAAGCGAGGACUGGGAUGCCUGCCUGUAUCAGUGCGAGAGCAUGGAGGAGGGAGAGGAUGGAGAUUUCAGCAGAGGGAUGAAAUACGACACAACGUUUGACAAUGAUCUUGUGCUCACCCUUGAUCCUGACAACCGCACAUCACCAUGGCGACACCUUGACGACAACCUUCUCACAGGAGACACGCCUGUGAUCAAAAAUGAAGUGACCAUAACGGAACCGUUACCUGUGGAAAUGUUGUUCCAGGUAAAAGCAGAACCUCCCUCUCCUGCAUCCUCUCUGGAGUCUGAUUGUUCCGCAUCACCUGACCCACAGGUUACAAUUAAAGGUGAAAACCCCCCAACUCCUCCAUACAUGUAUGGAGACGUGCUGUCGCCUCCACUGGGAGCUAUGGAGGUAACCGUGGCAACGACAGUAGUACCUCCACCGCAGAGUCAGAUUCCUACAGUUACACAGACACAGCUACAGGCACCGCUAACAUCUGUCCCAGCUGUCAUCAAUGGAAUUCAGACACAAGCUGCAGUCUUGCCAAGCUCUUCAACAUUAAAGGCCAGCACCAUUCUGAGCACCAAACCUCCCAUCCAGCCCCGACCUUUGUGUGUCGCUACCCUCCCCGUCCCCCAGAACCCCACGCCAGCCAAGACCCUCAUACUGCAGGGUCUCCCUUCCAUGGACCAGACCAGACCUGUGGUCCUCUCACCGUCUGUCUGCCUCGGUUCACCUCCAGCCAUCGUCAAAAUGGAGCCUGUCUCUCCCAGCAUCCCCCAGCACUGCUCCAGCCCAGCUGCCUCUACCACCAGCAAACCCAUCGUCCCAGCGACCACAACGUUACCCGGCAACAACUCCAGUGACAUUGAUAUGAAGGUGCUAAAGCGGCAGCAGAGGAUGAUCAAGAACCGCGAGUCUGCCUGCCAGUCGAGAAAGAAAAAGAAGGAGUAUCUGCAGAAUCUGGAGGCUCAGCUGAGGGAGGCGCAGCAGGAGAACGAUCGACUCCGCAGGGAGAACCAGGCACUGAGGGAGAGACUGGCCGGCAAGGAGGGGAGCGACUCUACAAGUAACAAGAGAGCCGUGUGUGUCAUGGCUGUCCUGCUGUUCAUGACCUUCAGCUUCGGACCCGUCAGCAUCACAGACAGGAAGUUGCCGACGGAUCUACAGGAAGAUCUGAUGUCGUAUACAGGACGGCGGCUACUGGAGAUUGAACAGCAGCAGGCGGCAGCUCAGCCUCACAGCCGAGUUGAGGACAAGACGGAGACAGAAGAGGAUGGAGGGGACGAACGAUGGAAGAGAGGAGAGGCGGAGAGAUACACUCCAGAAUCUUAUCAGUUCAGAAACCUGAGCAACAUAUUCAGCGACAUGAAGGACCUGGUCCUGCAGGACAUCGACCGUUACUUCACCUCCUCAGACUGCCGACAGUUUAACCGCUCCGAGUCUCUCAGGCUGGCUGACGAGCUGAGAGGCUGGGUCCAUCGGCAUCAGAUCGACCGGAAGAAGUCCGGAGGAAAACCAAAGAAUGUCAAGAAGGCAAAGAUUGCCCAGAAAGCUCAACUGAGGAAGACAAACUUCUCCAGAUACCUGCCGAUCCAGUCUCACCGCUCCAUCGAAAGUCAGCUGCAGGUGCUUCCUGGUCCUGAGGUCACCUACAGCGAGUUCCUGGACGCCAUUGACCGCAGAGAGGACACGUUCUACGUUGUCUCUUUCAGACGGGACCACCUGCUGCUUCCCGCCAUCAGUCACAACAAAACCAGUCGGCCCAAAAUGUCUCUGGUGAUGCCGGCCAUGUCUGUUAACGAGAGUCUUUAUAACUCGUCUCAGGGCUACGAGAUGAUGAUGCAGGUCGACUGUGAGGUCAUGGAUACUCGAAUCGUCCCCAUCAAGUCGUCUGCCGUCCCUCCAUCUCUCCGCGACCCGCCCCAGCUCCACCCUCCUCCCACCAAAACACCCACCAUCACCACAGCAACAACACCUCGCUCCGAGGCCGCCACCACCAGCCACCUUCCUCCUCGUCCUCUUCUUCCUCAUCGUCAUCAGCUCCUCCAAGGCAGCCUUUACCAGCCCGUAGACGGACAUCCGGAUACUUUAUCAGCGAGUCAGAAGGAGUUUGAAUAAGCGUUGCCAUGGGAAUCGUGCACAUAGAAGAGGUGGGGAAUGACGAGUCCAGUGGUUACAGGCUGUUGGACUAAGAAUCAAAUGUCUAAAGAUAACUCAUCGUCCCUUCAGAAACUUUCAGUUUGCCUUCAACUGUAAAUCCCAUCUAUACCGGAGUCAAAUUCCCUGCCACUCCUGAGAGGGUGGAAACUUGAAGAAAAUAAUCUGUAGUUUUAUCCAGUAAUUUUCUGGAACUGAUGUAAUUUAACAAGAGCUUCUUUGCAAAACAAUAUUCUAAUAUAUACAAAUGUUUUUCUAAAAAUGAGUCUGGUACAGACAAGGCAGCACAUCACACUCACAAACGGUGCUGCAUUUUCAAAUUUAGUAGUGAAAAUGUUCAGUAGGAAUGCAGAGUAGAGCAGAGCUGCCGGUGUGUUUAAGUGCUGACGGGGCGAAGAGAGUAUAGCUUUUAUUUUGGCUGCUUAACAAACAGUUGCUACACAUUUUGGUGCUCCAUACAGUCCUGGUUAAAGAAGAUUAAAAGAAAAGACAUUUUAGAAAGAUCAAUAUUGACUGUUUCUCAGUCAAGGUCUCUGUGCAGUUUGUAAUUUCGUGUUUUGGUUGUUUUAUCUUCAGAGGCACAAUGUAGUCACUAAAAGAAAAGGCAGACUAUUUAGCCUGAAUUUAGGGGAUCAUUUCUAAAAGUUGUUUCUAUUUGGGCUUGCAUGUUUGGACCAUACAUGUGUUUGAAAGGUCACCUAUAUGCCAGGUCUUUAGGCAUCUAAAAUUUGCCCAACUUCGAAUGAAUAAAACAAAACAGAAAAAAAAAAAACACUUUUGAAGAUAUUAGAAAAAAAUCCACUUAA